GAUCAGGUGGCUAAGUGCUACCAGCGCUGUGCUCUGACUGCUUGGCUCUGGUUCCAGAGGAGAUCCAGCACACCAUAGACAGACUGCUGCGCUCCGCCAAGACGCUCAAAAUUGACCUGGUGGAGCCCGACAGGCCGGCCCUAACUGUUCCUGAUGGUCUGUCCAUGUUGGAGGAAUGUGAGAGGGCCCAGGACCCCUUCUUUGGAGUGAUGGAGUACGCGAUGCCCAGCCCCAGUACGAUCAUGCAGCAGUGGCAGGUCCCUGAAGAAACAUCCCCCCAGCGCCCCCUAGUGGAAAGACUUGGAACACCACAGAGGGACAGCAUCACUGCAUCCCCUGAGUCUAUCACUCUGGUAGACAGGGAGCUCGUUGUUACUCCUGCAGCAGAGUUUGAAGGGGCGGACCUGCCAGAGGUCACGCCCAGGCAUAUGGACAUAAUUGACAUGCUGAUGGAGCAGCAGGACCAGUUUCCUGAAGAAGUGGAGGAGAGAGAGGAAGUGAGGGAGGCAGAGAUAUCGAGGGAACAGCAGCAGGCGGCAGUCUCCGCGUUGCAGCUGGGGGUCACCGCGGUGACUGCCGAGGAUCUCACCUUGCUGCCGGAGAGGGAGGCGGAGACACCUGCGCCGGCCCCGCCCUCGACCCCGCCCCUGCCCCUGCCCCCACUGGAGACCACCCCGGUGUCUGUCAUUCCACUGCCCUCGUCCCCUGAGGGAGAGAGGGAGGGGGAGACGGAGGAGAGACGGAGGCGGAAGGAGAGAGGGAGGGACAGUCCUGGUCUGGAGCCAGAGCCCGCAGCUCCACCAAAGAAACCGCGGCGGCGACGGCAGCUGCUCUUCAUCGACGAGCAGACUCAGAUUCCCUCAGAGGAGCUGCAGGAGGCGAUACAGGAUCCACUGACUGAGACCCAGGCCCUGGUACCACACUGACCCUCUCAGACCCUGGCCCUGGUACCACACUGACACACUCAGACCCAGGCCCUGGUACCACAUUGACCCUCUCAGACCCAGGCCCUGGUACCACACUGACAUACUCAGACCCAGGCCCUGGUACCACACUGACACACUCAGACCCAGGCCCUGGUACCAGGGUUCGUACGGUCAUGA